AUGAAUAGACCAAAUUCAGCAUUAUCAAGGCAUAAAGCAAAUCAGCAAGCAACUGUCCCAAAUGUCCAGCGAAAAGAGCAGCAAAUGCCUAAGCUGCAGUCAUUUAUUGACGACCGAGACUUUUUAGGCGCCUUAACAUUCCUUGAAAUCCAAAAAUCAGCCGCUCGAGACGAAAAGCUGUUACUGUGAUUGGCAUAUUCAGCAUUUCAUGCAGGAGAGUAUAAAAAAGCUAUAGAAGCUUAUGAUGAACUCAUGAAAAAUCCUGGAUAUUCUCCUGAGCUUCAUACUUAUAAGGCAUGCUGCUAUUAUGCCCUAUGCCAAUAUGACGAAGCUUAUGAUGAGUGUACGAAGGCUCCCGAAACUCCUUUAUUAGUAAGACUUAUGUUCCAUAUCGCUCACAAGCGUGGAGAUGAAAACGCUGUAUUGGUUUAUCAUCAGAAAAUAGGUCAAAGCACCCCAGAUCAGCUGUGCAUGGCUGCAAUCCAUUAUUUGAGAAGCCACUUUGAUGAAGCCAAUGAUAUUUAUAAAAAAUUAUUACUUGAUAAUAGAGAUUUUAAUGCACUCAAUGUGUAUGUUGCUUUGUGCUACUACAAGCUAGACUAUUUUGAAGUUAGCAAUGAAAUUUUGCAGGUUUACUUAAAUCAGCACCCUGACAGUGUGAUCGCAGUUAAUUUAAAGGCUUGUAACCAAUUUCAGCUUUUUAAUGGAAAAGCGGCUGAGCAGGAGCUUAAGGGGAUUUCUUCGGCUGCUGAAAGUGGAAACGUAUUUAAUGACAGUGAUUUGCUAAGACAUAACCUGGUUGUAUUCAGAAAUGGAGAAAAUGCUUUGCAAGUGUUGCCCCCAUUAAUUGAUAUUAUUCCUGAGGCUCGUUUGAAUUUAGUAAUUUAUCACUACUCCCCCCCCCCCCCCCUCCGUGAGCGAACAAAAAAAUUUUGUUCGCUCACGGAGGGGGGUUAAUUUUUGUUUUUAAAAAAAAUUUAUAUAUAAAAUUUUAUAAAAAAAUUUUUUUCGAAAUUUAAAAAAAUCCUAAUUUGCAAAAAUUGGGAAGCAAAUAUUAAUUUAAUUUGCAAAAUUUAUGUUUUAAAAACGCAAUUUGUUUAAAAUUAAACAGAAUUAGCUCUAGAUUUCAUUAUACUAAUUAUCACUUAUAUAUCAAAAUUUUUUUCCAUUAAAAUUUUUUCUAUUAAAAAAAUUUUGUUCACUCACGGAGGGUGGGUUUUUGGUCAAAAAAUGGCGAUUUUUCUAAUGGUUUUGUUCGCUCACGGAGGGGGGGGGGGAGUUAAGAAAUGAUGAAGUCCAGGAAGCCUUCAAGCUCAUAAAAGAUGUAGAGCCAACUGUUCCUAGAGAAUAUAUACUUAAAGGAGUCGUUUAUGCUAUGCUUGGACAAGAAACAGAAAAUAGAGAACACCUUAAGCUUGCGCAAACCCUAUUUCAGCUCGUAGGGGCCUCUGCAAGUGAAUGUGACACAAUUCCUGGCAGACAAUGCAUGGCGUCUUGCUUCUUUUUGCUUCAGCAAUUCGAAGACGUGCUUGUUUAUCUUAAGUCAGUGAAAGCUUAUUUCCCGAGCGAUGAUGAUUUCAAUUGGAACUUUGGCAUUGCAUCAGCUGCUGCAGGUGAGUAUAAAGAUGCAGAAGAGUCGCUGUCGCUAAUCCAGAAUGAAAGACUAAAAAUGGAUUAUGCGUAUAUAAGCUGACUUUGCAGGGCUUAUAUAAUGAAUGGUAAGCCAAGUAUGGCUUGGAGUAUUUACUUCAAUAUGGAAAAUUCCAAUGAAUCUUUUUCAUUGCUGCAACUCAUCGCGAAUGAUUGCUAUAGAAUGGGACAGUUUUAUUACUCACUUAAAGCUUUUGACGUGCUGGAAAGACUUGAUCCUGACCCUGAGUACUGGGAAGGCAAAAGAGGAGCUGCUGUUGGAGUUUUUCAGAUGGUUGUAGCUGGAAAAGAAAGCAAAGACAGAUUGGUUGAGACUGUGGAGAUCUUGAGAAACACGAACAACCCACAGGUAGAAUAUAUUGUAAGGGUCAUUAACAAGUGGGCGAAAGAAAACAACGUAAAAGUUUAA